AGGAGACACACUUCUACCAGACACAGACUGCUGCUGUCCAGCACCUCCCGACAGCUGGUGGGCGAGAGCAACCGUCCCAGCUUCAGACCUGGGCUGGAGGGAGGCAGCUCCGACGAAGACUCUGGUCGUAACCCUUCUCUGACUGGGUUAGAACACAGAUACUCUGCAGAGGGCCAAGUCAUCAACACUGUAACAGGAGGAGGAGGCGACGGGAGCAGUGGGAGUGAGGAGGGAGGGAACGGUGGAGUGUCCGCUCUACCCUUCUCCACCUCCUCCUCCUCGGCCCAGACUACCUACGAUGUUCUGCGGGGGCUUGGGAUCCUGGGGGGCAGCGUGCCGGGAGAGAAUACCCAAGACCCUCGCUCUCUACUGGGGCUGAGCCGGGGCAGCCUGAUGGGGGACCGUGUGGGGCCGGUGGGGACUGGAGAGACCAACUCUGGGCCCCAGAGGACGUCCCCUGUCAAUUGGAGUAUGACCUUAGACAGACAGGAAGCGCUGGAUGCCAUGGACAGUACAGAGUCUGGGUUGGCAGAGGAGGGUCCAGAUGUCUUGGAUUCUAUAUACCUGAGGACUGGUGCUGGACACUGGAGACCCCAGGACAUGACCUCUCACCUCCAGACCACACAGAACAGCUUCCACCUCUCUCAGGUGCUUCUUUCGCAUAGUGAUGAUGAGGAGGAGGAGGAGGGGAGGGGGAGGCCUGCUGCCCUGGGGCCAAGAGGAGGUCCAUGUGGGGACUCCUCUGCACCUCCUGGUCCUCCUGGCCUGUCAGACACGAGUCGGGGUGAGAAGGAUCUUCUCUCCACCUCUCUGGAGGCUAAGUACCUCUCUCAGAGCUUCCACCCGGAGGAGGACUCUCACUCUGACAGCGACUGGAACCACUGUCCUGAUAACCUGGACUUCCAACCGGCCUCUCCCAGUGUGGUCUACCAGAACGAGGAGGGGAAGUGGGUGACUGAUCUGGCUUACUACUCGUCCUUUGAGAAGGAGGUGGAUGGGAAGCAGCUUCCGGAGGCAGCAGACCAGUUCCAGGCUGAGGACUUCGUUCCAGGCAGUAACGCCAUAGAGAAGAUCAUAGAGGACCAGAAGGUGUUUGAGAAGGAGAACCGGUUCAUGCAGGAGGAGGUGAUGACGUCGGACUCCACCAGUCCAGGUCUCCUAUCCGACACGUCCUGGAGACUCCCGGCCAGCAGCCACAUCCUGAUGAGGGCCAGCCAGGUGUCCCAGGACCUGGACAGAGGGAACCAGAGUUAUCUCCGUCUGUCUCUGGGGACCUUCUUCCAGCAGCGCUCUGAGGCCCUGGGCUGUCUAGGGGACGACAGGGAGGACGAUACAGUCAAACGGCCGUCGUUUGGUUACGUCAUCACCUCUCCAGAGAAGAGGGAACCAUUUCCUCUGAUUCAACCAUCAGACUUCCUGUCUCAGGACAGCUCGGUCCGCAGCGACACCGACCACGACCGCACCAUGAACACAGAGGACUUGGACAAGACUGUGGAGGCAGCUCCAGACAGGGUGUCACCGACAGGAGAUGAAGAGCCAGAGCCUUGUGAAUCAGUCUCCCCCCUCCCUGAGGCCCUGCUCUCCCCCAGCCAGACCCUUCCCUCAGCCUCCCCUCUCCCUGAGGCCCUGCUCUCCCCAGCCAGACCCUUCCCUCAGCCUCCCCCGGCAGCCUGGACCCCAGCCCCAGCAGCGGCACAGACCAGUCUAACCUCGUGUUGUCUAUCAGCACCAUUGCCUCGGCCAUCGCAGAUGCCUCCAUCUCCUCGGAGCCCUCCCAGCUGGCUGCCAUGAUCAUGGAGCUUUCAAAGAGGAGUCGGAUCCAGAGGCAACGCCAGAAAGGUCUGCCGCGUCCAG